GGAUUCUGAGACCUUCCUUGUAUCCCUCCUGACACUUCUUUGCUGCAAGAUCGAGGCUGUCCUCCGGUGAGAAGGUGUUGAGGCUUCACGUCAUAUUCCAGCUCUGAACAGCAACAUGGGGUGCAAAGUCCUGCUCAACAUUGGCCAGCAGAUGCUGCGGCGGAAGGUGGUGGACUGUAGCCGGGAGGAGACGCGGCUGUCUCGCUGCUUGAACACUUUUGACCUGGUGGCCCUCGGGGUGGGCAGCACGCUGGGUGCUGGCGUCUAUGUCCUGGCUGGAGCUGUGGCCCGUGAGAAUGCAGGCCCUGCCAUUGUCAUCUCCUUCCUGAUUGCUGCGCUGGCCUCGGUGCUGGCUGGCCUGUGCUACGGCGAGUUUGGUGCUCGGGUCCCCAAGACGGGCUCAGCUUACCUCUACAGCUAUGUCACCGUUGGAGAACUCUGGGCCUUCAUCACUGGCUGGAACUUAAUCCUCUCCUACAUCAUCGGUACUUCAAGCGUAGCGAGGGCCUGGAGCGCCACCUUCGACGAGCUGAUAGGCAGACCCAUCGGGGAGUUCUCACGGACACACAUGGCUCUGAACGCCCCCGGCGUGCUGGCUGAAAACCCUGACAUAUUCGCGGUGAUCAUAAUUCUCAUCUUGACAGGACUUUUAACUCUUGGUGUGAAAGAGUCGGCCAUGGUCAACAAAAUAUUCACUUGUGUCAACGUCCUGGUCCUGGGCUUCAUUAUGGUGUCAGGAUUUGUGAAAGGGUCGGUUAAAAAUUGGCAGCUCACGGAGGAAGAUUUUGGGAACGCGUCGGGCCGUCUCUGUUUGAACAAUGACACAAAAGAAGGGAAGCCCGGUGUUGGUGGAUUCAUGCCCUUCGGGUUCUCUGGUGUCCUGUCGGGGGCAGCGACGUGCUUCUAUGCCUUCGUGGGCUUUGACUGCAUCGCCACCACAGGUGAAGAGGUGAAGAACCCACAGAAGGCCAUCCCCGUGGGGAUCGUGGCGUCCCUCCUGAUCUGCUUCAUCGCCUACUUCGGGGUGUCGGCCGCCCUCACACUCAUGAUGCCCUACUUCUGCCUGGACAAUAACAGCCCCCUGCCCGAUGCCUUUAAGCAUGUGGGCUGGGAAGGCGCCAAGUACGCAGUGGCCGUGGGCUCCCUCUGCGCUCUUUCUGCCAGUCUUCUAGGUUCCAUGUUUCCCAUGCCUCGGGUUAUCUAUGCCAUGGCUGAGGAUGGACUGCUAUUUAAAUUCUUGGCUAAGGUGAAUGAUAGGACCAAAACACCAAUAAUCGCCACACUAGCCUCUGGUGCCAUUGCUGCUGUGAUGGCCUUCCUCUUUGACCUGAAGGAUUUGGUGGACCUCAUGUCCAUUGGCACUCUCCUGGCUUACUCGUUGGUGGCUGCCUGUGUGUUGGUCUUACGGUAUCAGCCAGAGCAACCUAACCUGGUAUACCAGAUGGCCAGUACUUCUGACGAGUUAGAUCAAGCAGACCAAAAUGAGUUGGCAAGCAGCAAUGAUUCCCAGCUGGGCUUUUUGCCAGAGGCAGAGAUGUUCUCUUUGAAAACCAUACUCUCGCCCAAAAACACGGAGCCUUCCAAAAUCUCUGGGCUAAUUGUGAACAUUUCAACCAGCCUCAUAGCUGUUCUCAUCAUCACCUUCUGCAUUGUGACGGUGCUUGGAAGGGAGGCUCUCACCAAAGGGGCGCUGUGGGCAGUCUUUAUGCUCGCAGGCUCUGCCCUCCUCUGUGCCAUGGUCACGGGUGUCAUCUGGAGGCAGCCCGAGAGCAAGACCAAGCUCUCAUUUAAGGUUCCCUUCCUGCCAGUGCUCCCCGUCCUGAGCAUCUUCGUGAACGUCUAUCUCAUGAUGCAGCUGGACCAGGGCACCUGGGUCCGGUUUGCCGUGUGGAUGCUGAUAGGCUUCAUCAUCUACUUUGGCUACGGCCUGUGGCACAGCGAGGAGGCGUCCCUGGAUGCUGACCAAGCAAGGACUCCCGAUGGCAACUUGGACCAGUGCAAGUGACGCACAGCCCCGCCCCCCGGAAGUGGCAGCAGCUCCGAGGGACGCCCCCAGAGGACCGGGAGGCACCCCACCCUCCCCACCAGUGCAACAGAAACCACCUGCAUCCACACCCUCACUGCAGCUGAAGGUGCAGUUACUUGAACUGCAGCCCCAGCCCACCCUCGGCUCUGCAGCCGGCUCUCCAGGUCCUGGUCACCUCCAGACAGCUGCUUGGCUGGGGCCACUAGGCUGCAGCUGGCCACUGUGUCUCCUCACUUCUCUGAACAAAGCAGUUCCUCCCCUAUCAGCUCAGCCCGGAUCUGCCACAGCCUCAGGCGGAACGGAGGUCACCUUCUCUCCUUAUCUUGGGAACCAGGCCUUCCUCCCCAGGGACUGUUCUGGACUUGAAAUUGUGCAUACUCCAAACUUCCGCAGCCAUCUUCCCGCUCAGCCCCAGACACCCAGCAAUCAAGCCAGAUGAGUACCACAAAACAGUGUGUCCCCAGCAGCUCCCCACCCUCAGAGCCAAACGACAGCAGCGCGCUUAAAAAGGAAAAUCAGGCCUGUUGUCCUCCCGUUGUGUUCAGAUGGAUCAUUAGGGCUGGAGCUCGCCUGCCCCUCAGCUUCUCGGGGCUUUGCUCUGACACCGUGACUGGCUGGUCAGCGGGGCUGAGGGCAGCUGGUUCCUCUCAAAUGAGGAAGAAGGGAUCGCUCCCAUUAGGGUCUACUCUGCUUACGCAUGUGUGCGCACGCGUGUAAACCAGGGGCCUUCCUCAGCUCAUGGCCUCCAGGCCUGGGCCAGUUCUUGCUGCUCUUGCCGUCUUCUCUGACGGGCUGUGUCCUGAGUAACUGGAACAUGAGACUGUAUCUGCAGGACUGGCUUCAUGACGGCCGAGUUAGAAGUGUGUUUCCUGUAAGUCGCCACUGUUCACUCAGUCUUGCGGCUCUUGUAAAGUUCUCAAGGCUGGUGGCAGCUCCGUCCGGGUUUAGGACAUGUCGGGGUCAUGCGUUUCUGGCCCUGACAUGAGCUGUCUGGCCUCUCUGGGACAUGAUGAAAUUGAAAUCAAUCCGCAGUCCAUGAAAUUGUGACUCACUCCCCCAGAUGAAGUUAGGGCGUAACAUUAACGUGGAAAUGGCCACGUCAUCACCCCUGUGGCUGGUGUAUUGCUGAGAUGUGUGGUUCGUAGGGGAGAUGAUUUCCAGGCAUAUUGCUGUCCCUUUUGUGUAUCUGUCAUCCAGAUGCGUCGUACCCCAUGCCUCCAGGAGUGGGACAGACCCGAGCAUCCUCCCUGUCCCCAUAGCUACAAUGCACUCCGCCCCGGCCUGUCUUGCCCAGGUCGGGGCCUGCGGCCAACACCAUUUCACGCACACUCCUUGUAGAGGGAAGCCAGAGGAAACCUGAACGUGGGUGGAGCGUUCCAUUGAGAGUCUGCUUCAGGAGAGGAGACAGAAGGUCCAUGCUGAUGGGGGAGGGAACGGGAGGUAGGCAUUUUGGACACCAGGGGAAAUAGAAAUGUUGCUUUCAAAACUUAGUUUUCUUUCCAUUUCUUCCUCGUCUGGCCUUUGACACAAAUCUGGUAGAAGCCUGAUAAAUUGAGGGCACUUGUGCCCUCCCUGUGCCCCCAGAAGAUUCUCGGAGAGAAGUGCAAGAAUUUGUGAACACGCCAGUGGAGGGCAGGUGGGCAGCCAUGGGCUGGGCCUCCGUAUCAGGCCUGCUCACCUUGCUGGGAGCUUUAUUCUGAUGUCAUUUUGAAUGUUCCAGAGGGAGCAUCAAAAGAGCCCAGAGUUCCGAUUUCCAAAGAGAGGUAUUGACAUUUAUAUAGAUUGGUGCUGUAACAUAUUUUGAUAAAUACUAACUUAUUUUGUUG